GGGAGCUGAAACAGCUCGUGUCGGCGCAGCCUCCAACGUGACACACUGGAAUAAGCAUCUGAGGCGAGAAAGAGAGCGAGGGAGAGGGAAAGAGACGGUAACAGACCAGCAGCCCAGCACAAAGCUCGUGUUUUGGACGCGACAGUGCGCUGAGAUUUGAUUGACCCCUCGCUGCUUUUUUCUGCAGAGGGCUCUGUUCGGGAUUUACAGGCUCGCCGACGCGACUGGACUGAACGGAGACGAGCUGCGGCGGAUAUCGCUGUGUUUCUCGUUGCAUUGUUCAGGCGAAGGCGAUAUCGAUCGACUGCGAAAGCGAACUUGGGAGCCGAGCGAACCUGAGGUCGGUCGGUGGACUUGUAAACAUUGGGCUCGUGAGGAGCGCUGGACAGCUUUUUUGUCCAGUUAAAACCUCUUGCAGGGCUGAGUUGCUGGCGUUGAACGUCCCUUUCUGCAGAAGGAGCUCCUUAACUGGCGAUAGGUUAACAUGGACUCGGUUAUUUAUGAAUUGUCGGUACUGUGAUAGCUCGGUUAGCCAGCGUAGCUCACCGGAUUUAACGUUAACGUUCGUUUUUUCCCAACCACGUCAGUUCUGACCAACUGCUGCUGUUUCAUCGGGGCACAAGAAUGGAUAAAAUGAUACGAAAGUGAGUCUGGACCUGGGGUCGGGUUUCGCAGCCAGGUUGCCUGUUCUCUGUGACGAUCGAAAGUGCAAACAGGCUCUAGCCCGUCCUUCCUUUGGUUCCUUAUGCUCAAUGAGGACUCUUCCCGGGUCACUGCAGGAUGGAUGGUGUGGAUUUGACGGUCCUUGUCUGUCACCAUCAGCGAUUGCUCCUCUGUGACUGCGUCUUGUUCUUUUACAUUUAUAAAAGAACGCCCCCUCUCCUGAGCUCAGACCAUAAAUACUGUAACAGUAACUGUUUAUAAGGAACACCCAAGGAGGGGGCUCUCCCACAAACUCUUGAGGCUCUUAGGGGCUUUCAAUUUGUGCACCCCUUUAUCGCCCCCUCGGUCUGUUUGUGGAGAAAUUCUUCACAGCAGAAGCGUAAGUUUACAUUUGGAUUUAUUCACCGUAAUUUAUUUAUUCUUUUGAGAGUUUGCAAAUUUUUUUUGGUUCGCCUGGAGUGAAGAUGUCCAAAAACAAUGGCAUGGAGUUCCUGGCCCCUCCUCCGCCAAAGAAUGUGAACGGCUCGGGCUCAGACUCGCUGUUGGGCGAAAAGCUGGGCGCGGAGGUCCGGCAGCGGCGCCACACGAUGGAUAAAGAUCUGAAGACGGCCGAGCACCGGUUCUUCAGGCGCAGCGUCAUCUGCGAUUCCAACGUAACUGCGCUCGACCUUCCUAGCAAAGCUUGUAUCCCCACGUCCCCUCCGGACUGCGAGUCGUCCACGGCACCCUUGGGGCUGGGUUCCGCUCCCGGUGUAGCCGCUGAGGCCUGCUUGGCUGUAGCGGAGGCCGUGGUGGAAGAGCAGGCAGAAGAUGCCAGUGAAGGAGGGAGCCUUGCUGGGAUCGAUGGGGUGGAGAAGCAAAGCCAGGACGCGAAUGCAGGUCAGAGCGAACUCCCUGGCGCUGCCGUGGUGGCACCUGCUGUGGCACAUGACCAGGAGCAAGAAGGUGGAGCGGUAGAGAAACGUGAGGAAGAGGAGGAGAAGGGGGCAGCGAAGGCCCGAGCAGAAGCGGAGCAGAGGGAGGCUGAAAAGAAGGUGCAGGAGGAUGAGGAAGUGGAAACCAAAGCUGUAGGCACCUCUCCAGAUGGCCGCUUCCUCAAGUUUGACAUCGAAAUCGGACGGGGCUCCUUCAAAACCGUCUACAAGGGCUUGGACACUGAGACAACUGUGGAAGUAGCGUGGUGUGAACUCCAGGACCGUAAGCUGUCCAAGUCUGAGCGGCAGCGCUUCAAAGAAGAGGCGGGUAUGCUGAAAGGCCUGCAGCACCCCAACAUCGUUCGCUUCUACGACUCCUGGGAGUCUCCCUUAAAGGGGCGCAAGUGCAUUGUGCUGGUGACGGAGCUCAUGACGUCAGGCACCUUAAAAACGUAUCUGAAGCGGUUCAAAGUGAUGAAGAUCAAGGUUCUGCGGAGCUGGUGCCGUCAGAUCCUGAAGGGCCUUCAUUUCCUCCACACUAGGACUCCUCCCAUCAUCCACCGGGACCUCAAGUGUGACAACAUCUUCAUCACCGGCCCAACUGGCUCCGUUAAGAUCGGCGACCUGGGCCUGGCUACUCUGAAGUGCUCUUCUUUCGCCAAGAGUGUUAUAGGUACCCCUGAGUUCAUGGCGCCUGAGAUGUAUGAGGAGAAGUAUGACGAGUCGGUGGAUGUGUAUGCCUUUGGGAUGUGCAUGUUGGAGAUGGCUACCUCAGAGUACCCGUACUCCGAGUGUCAGAACCCUGCUCAGAUCUACCGCCGGGUCACCAGUGGAGUGAAACCUGGCAGCUUUGAUAAGGUAGCCAUACCAGAGGUGAAGGAGAUCAUCGAGGGGUGUAUUCGACAGAACAAAGAUGAGAGAUACGCCAUUAAGGUCCUGCUGAACCAUGCCUUCUUCCAGGAAGAGACGGGGGUGCGAGUGGAAUUGGCUGAGGAGGACGAUGGGGAGAUGAUCGCCAUCAAGCUCUGGCUGCGCAUUGAAGACGCCAAGAAGUUGAAAGGCAAAUACAAAGAUAACGAAGCCAUCGAGUUCUCUUUCGACCUCAGUAAAGAUGUUCCUGAAGAUGUGGCCCAAGAAAUGGUUGACUCUGGCUAUGUGUGUGAGGGUGACCACAAGACCAUGGCCAAGGCCAUUAAGGACCGUGUGUCGCUGAUCCUACGAAAGCGGGAGCAGCGCCAGCUAGUGCGAGAGGAGCAGGAGAAACGGAAAAAGGAGGCUGAACAGCAGCAGCAGCUGAGUGAGUCCCAGAAGGCCUUGCAACUUGGGCCUCAGGCAACCCCAGGAGCCACUCUGAAUCAGUGCAGUGUCCAGCCACCAACCCCUGGCCAGCCUGAGUCCGAGGAGCCUGAAGCAGACCAGCACCAACAGCUGCAGUACCAACAAAGUGGCAUCACCAUCACCUCUGAAGGGACAGUGGACAGUGGACAGGGCUCGUCCUUAUACUCCGAGACGCCUCUCAACCAGCUCACCAUGUCCUACAGUUCUCCCGCAGCAUCCCAGCAGGCCUCCCAGCAGCAGCAGCAGCAGCAGCCUGGGCAGGCCUCUUACACCCCUGCCUCCCAGCCUGCCCAGCAGCACCCUGCCUUCCCCCAGCAGCCUAUGCCGCAGUCAGUGAGUCAGCAGUAUGGCGGCGGUGGAGGGGGCUCAGCUCUGGCCCCUGAGCCCCCGUUCUUUUUCCCCACCAUCCCCGAGCGGCCCGUCUCAUUCUCGCCCCCGCCGUCCUGCCCGCCCAAAGGCUUCAGCGUGCAGCGCCGCAAGAGCACGUCGAUCUUGGAGGCCCACACGCGCCAUUUCCAGCCGGCCUACCGCAGCUACGGCAGCAGCCUCCAUCCUUUCUCUGGCGUGGAGGCCCUGGAGCCCUCGCUCUUCUUGCUACCCAGUAUGGCUGCCCAGAGACUGGCAGAGCCUUUGCACCUGCAGGCCCCGUCUGAGUCCCUGUAUGGCUAUAAGGAGCAGCAGGAGGAGGCCGUGCGCAGACUGAGUCUCAACCAGGCCACUUUGUUGGACCAUUUUGAAAGCAUGGCAGCAUAUGGCGGCUAUCCAUUGGCAGCCCAUCAGCUCAACCAGCUCACCCUCCACCAGCAUAUGCAAGCUGCUGCUGCUGCUGCUAGCCUGGCUUUUGAGGCCCCACAGCCUAGUCCAGCCUACAUGCACCCUCACAUUCCUGGCCACAUGCGCCUGACCCACAGCCCUGUCCCGCAACUGACCCCCGUAAGUGUAGCCCAACCAGUCACCUCGGUGGCCCAGCCAUCUUAUGACCAACCUCACUCUUCAUUCCCCCACUCUGCUCCACCAGUGCUUGCCCACGCUGCUGAACCUGCCAGUGCCUUUGAGUUCCAUGUCCAUGGCCUCCAGGCAGACCCGAACACUCUAGCCUCAAGACUGUAUCGAACACGCCGUGGAUCCAUGGAUCUUAACCUCGAGGAGGCAUCCGGCAAUCCUGCACUGGUCAGCCGGCUUCAGCCCGUCACUGAGGAGUACAUUAGCUACGUAAGCCCGGAGCUCCCUCUACCCCCAGGCAGUCUGCUGCUGCAUGGACCCAAAGACCGCAGUCCAGAACCGUCCAGUGACUCGGUGGCUUCUUCAGACGCUGGAGAGUUCAACUCACCGCCUCCUCACACAGGGCACCCUCAUCUGGACGCUUCGGCCGCCCAGUCCAUCCCACAGACAUCCUAUUAUGGGCCAGACGUGGGCAGCGGCACCUGCGAGGGCCACCCACCCAGUCAGCAGGCAUUUCUGUUCAUCCCGAACUCAGAGCUGUCCGGGACGUCCAGCUCCCACAUCAGCAUGCUGCACAGCAACUGGGCCAGGCAAACGCCCCUCCAGCCCGAGCUUUCGUACCACGAGUCUGCCCUGGCCCUUCAGGGCUCUGCUUUGCAGGUGUCUGCUCCCCAGUCCGGCAGCGCUGUUCCUCUGGUUCCCGGCAGCUCCCAGUCCGCACCCUGGAUGGACUCAGUCAAUCCACAGUAUGGAGGUUACUACGUCCCAGCGCUCCCUUCGCAGGUGGUUCCGCAGCACGUUUCACUGGGUCCUGCCUCGCAGCCCAGUGUUUCCCUGCCCCAGCAGCUGCCUCCAUUACAACCUGCCAGCUCAGGCCUGCAGAGCAUUGCCCAGACACACAUCCAGCCAGGACCUCCGGCUGCUCAGUCUCCAUUAUCCCCGCUGACCCAGCCUGUCCAGACCGACCCAUUCCCCCAGUCACCCUCCAUCUGCCCAGCCAUCAGCUGGACCUCACUGCCCCUCUCCUAUCUCCCCCAGCCCUCUGCACCUGGCCUGGGCUCCCUGGCCCCAGUUGCACUUCCCCCAGUAACAGUGGCUCAGGGGCAGCAGCCAGUCCCUGUGCCAGCCCCAGCAGUGCUGAGCUCACCUGCGGUAGCAGCAGCAGGAACUGUGCCGGCUGUGUCUCCUUCAGUGCUGCCUGCCACCAUAGCCACAUCACCCACCUCGCCAUCGCAGCCCCAAACGAAGCCUCCUCCUUCUCCUCUGCCGCUAGCCACCACCGUACCGACAAUCCGUGUGGCCGCUGCCCCCACCCCUACUGAGCAGUCCGGUCUAGCUUCAGAAACCCCGUCCCAGACAUCCCUGACUGGAUCCCAGACAGUGGAUAUGUCACAACUCCAACCUCCAGCGGUGACCUGCACUAUGGAAAGCAGCCACUCUGAUGUGGCGUCCGGUCUGAGUGAUGGAAACGAAGGCGUGACGGGUGGCAGGCACGAGGGGCGCUCGGCCAAACGGCACCAGCGGAGAUCCGUGCGCAGCCGCUCUCGCCAUGACAAGAUCACAAAGGCCAAGCUCAAUGUGCUCAAUAUCUCCAACAUGGGUGACAGGGUUGCUGAGUGUCAGUUGGAAACACACAACAGGAAAAUGGUGACUUUCAAGUUUGACCUGGAUGGAGAUAAUCCAGAGGAAAUUGCUCAGAUUAUGGUUGAGAGCGAGUUCAUUCUGGAGAGCGAGCGGGAGUCCUUCAUCGAACAGGUUCGGGAAGUCAUUGAAACUGCAGAUGAAAGAGGGCUUGAGAGAGAGGGCAGCCAGACUGCGAGCAACCCUGAACAGCAGAUACCUGUUACAUACACACCUCUCCAGCCAGGUGUUGGCGUGAGUUCCACUACCCAGGUGGUGCACUCAGCAGGCCGCAGGUUCAUCGUUAGCCCUGUACCUGAGUCCAGACUGAAAGAACAGUUCUUCGGCACAGCUCAACCAACCACCCCACUCCUAGAGCAGUCUGCACCAACAGCGUCAGUGGGAGGAUCUGCCGUGGGGCUGUCUCAGUCUGCCUCUGCAGUCAGUCUGCAGCAGGCCUUUGCUGAACUCCGCCAGGGCCAGUAUGACCCUGGACCCAGCACAGCACCCCCUACCCUGCACACCUCCAUGCCUCCUCUGUUACCUGUAGCCAGCCCCCUCCCUGCUUCAUCUGCUGCUGUGCUCUCACCUCAACCUCAGCCUUCUGAACCAGCUGUCCCCACUCCCCUUCUUCCUCCUUCCUCACUCCCUCCUGUAGUUGCCUCACUGCCUUCUCAGCCCCCGCCACCCAUCGGUCAGCCUGCCAUCUCCACAGUCCCCACCAUGAUGUCUCCGCCCUGCUCAGUAUCCCCUCCAGUAGCCAUGAGCGCUGCUUCUAUGGUUCCUCCAGCCUCUUUCCCUCCAUCUACAGUCCCCUUGCAUGUGGUCAUAAACACUUCAGUGCCCAGCACUGCAGCCCUACCCCCUCACCCUGUUAACAAUGUGAAUUCUCUUCCUGGGGGAACUGCUGAGCAGCCUCCUAUCCCUUCCACCGUAGCCCAACUCACUCCAGCUGUGAUACCAACCACGGCCAUCCAAACGCCCCAGCUCAUCCCCUCCAGCGUUCCAAGCACCAGCGGCCCGCCAGCUCCUGUCCCUGCCGCUUUGCCCCAGGUGCCUAGCCUUCAGCCGGUCACCACUAGCAUCCCUGUGGUGCAGCCCACACCCGUGCACAGUCAGCCCCAGCCCUCCACGCUUCCCAACCAGAGCCACUCUCACUGUGUUGAGUGUGAAGGAGACUCCCAGGGCAAGACCCCUGGCAUAGACGACAUUCAUGCCCUGGACAAGAAACUACGCUCCCUUUUCAUGGACCUGGGCUCGGGCCCCCCUUCGGCACAGGCCGACACCGGAGCCCUGGAGCCCAACAUUCCUGGCACGUCCUCCCCUACAAGCUCCACCACCAUCUCUGGCGGCCCACCUCUCCCUCCUUCUAGCUUGCCUUUGGGUUUUUCUGGUCAGCCAGCAGGCUCCCCUAUGACCACCCCAGGCACUACUACCACGCCUGUCAACUACGGCCAGAGCACGCCAUCCAAAGCACCGUUGUCAAGAUUGCCGGUGUUGCCUGUCGGCUCCGAGCAAGCCGGCACGCCACCCACAGAACACCCGCCACCCUUCCCAGGACCUUGUCUAACUCAGUCCCAGCAGCCCCUGGAGGAUCUGGACGCCCAGCUGAGACGGGCUUUGAGUCCAGAGACUGUGUCUGUCAGCAGUGUCACGCAUCAGUCCUCUCUUACCGGGAUGCCUGCUGGAGGUCAGCCAGUUCCAUUUUCUCUGGAUGGGGAACCAGUAGCCGCACCUGUAGCUGGAGGCUUCAAACUGGGCCGAUUCCAGGUGUCACUGGCAGCUGAGGACUCUUCCCUGCAGGCUCCCACCACCUCCAGUGACUCAUCUUCUUCUACCACCUCUUCAUCCACCUCUUCCUCCUCAUCCUCCUCUCCCUCCACUCUCUCCAGCCCGGAGAACACUCUGCACAGGACCUCGUCUCCACUCCAUGAGCUGGGGGGAGAUGUUGUGGACGGCCUUCCUCCAAUGCAGCCUGGCCAGAAGGCCCCCUCCCCGCAGCCCACCACCAUCGGCCGCUUUCAGGUCACCACCAGGACCGACACCAAGGUGGGCCGUUUUUCAGUGAGAAGGGCCCCAGAUGAUCCCCCUGCAGGCGCUCCAGAGGCUCCGGGGUCUCCAGAGCCUCAGCCUCAGAGCCUUCCUGCUGUGGGAAAUGGCCCAGCUCUCAGCCCUGAAGGCAAGAGCCUGGCCAGCCUGAACAACUCCUUCAACUCCUACUUGAGCAGUGACAACGACUCGGAGUUUGAGGAUGAGGACUUCAAGCGAGAAGUCAGCAAGCUGCGAGAGAAGCACAUGAUGGAGAGUCAGGCCCUCUACACACGGCAGAAAGAGGAGAUCGAUGCCCUUUUUGCCCGAAUGGGUAAAGUCCCGCCUGCCACAGUUAACCCACCCGCAGUGACCCUGGCCGGCCGCAGACGGCGACCCACCAAGAGCAAAAGCAGCAAGUCUAGCCGUGGUAGCUCACAGGGCAGCAAGAGCCCACUUCAGCCUGCAAGCAGCACUUUAUCGGCGCAGAGUGCUCCCUCAGUGUACCCACCACAGCAGGGCUUCCUGUCCCCCGGAGGUCUGGUUGAUGCAGGGAGCAGCCCCAUCCUCCAGCCCUUCAAACCCACUCCUUCCAGUGAAAACCUGUACUCAGCCUACACCAGCGAUGCCACGCUGUCCGCCCCCAGCCUCUGUGUAGCCACGCAAGGGACGAGCAGCACCAACACGGUGGGUGGGCCAGGCCCGGGGCAGAGCCAAACUCAGCCGCCGAACACUGCGCCCCAGAGCCGCAAGGGCACGUUCACCGACGACCUGCACAAACUGGUGGACAACUGGGCCAGGGAUGCCAUGAACCUGUCCCAGGGCAAGAGGGGGUCCAAGCACCAACAGCAGGCCCCCUCUCAGGGCCACAGCUAUGAUAUGAUCCCACCUGCCAAUAUGGGACGCAAGUUCUCGGCUCCGGGUCAGUUGUGCCCCAGCAUCGCUUCAUCUCUGAGCGGCCACACGCCCAUGUCCAACCCCCCUGCUACCUCUCUGGGGACCCGCAAGGGUUCCCUGUGCCCUACACCGCAGUAUGGCUACCAAUCAGCACCUUACAGCAGCCCGUGGGCCGGCGGCUCGGCUGCACACACCCAGGCGGCGGGCCUGCUGGCUGGCUCCCAACCCCUGGGCCAGUUCAACCCGGGCCCGUCUGCCAUGCAGGCCUUCCACAUUAGCACUUUGCAAAAGUCAGUCAGCAAUCCAGGAGGCCCCAACCUGAGGACCACGUAGGGCUCGGCCAGCCCAGUGCUAGGCCACGACAAGUGUUGACUGGGGGAGGAGUUAAAGAGAGUGGGGCAGAAACGCAUGGACCGGUGGUGACGUUGCCGUGGACUUGGGUACAUGAGUUGGGUUUCAUUGCAGCUUUGCAGACUCUGACUUGUCGAAGGGGCUGACAUCUGGCCUGUUUGCCCUGGACAGUAUUUUUCAAAUUGGAGAGAGAGUUCGGAGCGAGAGAAGAGCCAGCAGGAGAGUGCUGUGUGGGGAAAAGCCAGGGUUCGUGCACACAUAAACAGAAUCACACACCUCUCUCACAUCUCCUGGGGACUUCUCAUCACUCCUGCACUCUCAUGGACAUGCUAUGGGGCAAACGCACAACAUGAGGAGAGAGAGGCGAGAAAAAAAUAAAUAAAUAACAAAUGGGUGAACACAAUGAGUGCAAUGUUAAGUGGCCAAAGAAGGUUGUGACCUUUUUUUUUUCUUUUUUUUUUUUCUUUUUCAAAAUCUCUAACGUGUGUAGUGAUGGCUUCCUUCGCUAACCGGCCCCAGAGUGUUUGCUCCAGAGUAGACUGAGGUGGUGGUAGGUCAGGGCGUCGGGUUGUAGCUUACUAACCUUUUGAAGAAAGGCAAAUCAUCCUGUCCCUUCCCAGUCUCCAAGCUUGUCUUGAUUGAUUUCCCACUGUUGUGUCAGCUGAGUUCUCUGGAGACUAGCGACUACUACUGGUGAAGGAAGAGAGGACGGAGAGGAUGUGCCCCAUCUCUCCAUUACAACCCUGCUGCCAGCCCAGUAUCUGCUCUAAUGCCAUGUAGUAAUGCAAUAAUUAUAGUAAUAGAAUGACAAAGCCCAUUUUAAAACGCAGAAAGUGGCCUUCAGUAGAGAAAAUAUAAAAAUCCAUGUACAGCUUCUCUCUUUUUAUGAAUUAGGUUAUGAAUAUACAUUUGGUUACGUUUUAGUAAGGUUGUACAUAUGUGCAGAGGUCAUUCAGCCACCCCCCAUGUUUUGGACUACAAAGCUGCUUCAGAUCCCAGUUUGCUUUGUGGUGCGUUGUCAUGCUUACCAUACUCCUGUCACAUGGGACCGUUUUGACUGGGCCCUCAAAUUGAUGGUUUAUCCAGGAGUAAAUAUUUAUAUCAGGGCUGUAAGGAGGACUAGAUUUGGGUAUUAAUAAAAUCCUCAUUUUGCCUCCCCUUACAGGGCUAGACGAAUUAGUUCCCCAUUAAAAAAAAUAAAUAAAUAAACCUGUUUACCUGCUCUAUCUAGUAUUCUCAAUCGGUAUUGACAGGGAUGGGAAACGGUGGAGGUAAAGUGGAGGUUUGAUUUAAACGGGGGUGCCAGUCUGGCUCUUCCAAGCAUUCUGCCUUGGAAGCCACUAAAGCUUUAAAUCUGUUAUCUAUUACUAACGUGACAGCUUUUGUAAUCAUGACGGCGUUAGGGGCCUCUUUAGGUUGACAGGUUGAUUUUGAAUUGUAUGUUUGAAUGAGAAAAGUCGCGUUCUGUAUGGACCUGUAUUUACCCAUCAGUUUUUGAUGUUGAAACACUGUGAUUUAUUAUAAAUGUUGUUGGACAACAUUAGUUUAAAACAAAGGUAGAAAAAGGGUGGAAAUUGGAGGAUUAUUGCUAUUAGCUUAACGGUGAAGAAAGGCUAGCUAUUACCUUAUACAGAACUUAUUGGAGACACUUUAACCUUUUUUUUUUCCCUUUGUACUUUCUUUGUAUUAGAUAAAUGUGAAUGUAAAAUGGUUUCAAUUAACAUACUUGAAUAACCGGUCCGUUUUUCCCUCACCCCCCCCAGUGCCCAGAAAGCGUGCUGGAGUUUCUAGUGCCUUGCAUUCAUUCAGUUUUUAUUUCUCUUUUUUUUUUUUUUUCGGCUUUGUGGUUGGAUGUCGAGGCGGCGGAGGUGCUUGGUGCCUGGUUGGAUUGCUGGUAUGUGGACUAAACAGGUAUACAGUAGGGAAGAGAUUCUGGUUUUGGUGCCAUUUUCUUUUGAGACUGAAAUGAUGAGACGUCGUUCUAUCGUUUUAUUGCGUGUAGGAAAGGGUUGCGAAUCGUUUUGAAGCUCGGACGUUCGUGAAUGCUUACCUUAGAGGUUUGCAGGUAGCAUGUAAACACACAGCCGCCGUAGUUGCACAUGCCGCAGGCUGCGCAGUCAUCCUGCGAUUGGGUUUGGCGCACUCUUAAUCCACUCAGUUAGGCUCCGGCUCAUUGCAUUGUCAUGACACGGUAGGCACGGUUAGACCGGGACAGUUCCAGGACGUAAUUCAGAGAGGUGAGCGAGCCCAGGCUAAUGAUUUCACCGAGUUGUAAGGUGUGCAUGUGGUUAUUGGCUCAAAGUUGCAUUUCUCUAUUAAACUUGUUCGGUAUGCAAAUGAGCAGAGCGUGCCUAUAGCUGAUGCUCUCCUCUAGAAGAUUUGCUUGAGUGCUUUGAUUUAGACAAACCACAGUGCCCUUUUUCUCCUGAGGGGACGUCACGCAGGCAGCAGCAGACCAGCAGUGGCAGCCUUGUGUUUGCGACGGGUCAGUCAGAUAGAGGUGGCAGGAUGAGGCAAGUGGAAGAAAAGCGUAAGUGUGUGAGACAGUAUGUUGUGUAUUAGUAAAUAAAUAAAGGGGAAAAAGAUCUAAUUUUCUGUGUACUCAGUUAAGCUGCAGGUCAUUCAGAGUGGUUUGAUGUGGACCAUUCUAGAGAAACCAAACGUCUGAAGAGUGUAAAGCCUCUAAAGGCUCCCAACACAGUAACGGUUACAAAUAUGUUGCCUGACGCCUGAGACGUUGUUUUGUGAUAGUUCUAAAUCAUAUCACUUUGUUGGAACAAAACCUUUUAUCUCCAAAAUGAGAAAAAACAUACUCUACUUGUAGUGUAAGUCAAUGGAACCAGACUUUUUUCCAGGUCAUUUUGGGUCAUUUCUGUUCAUCCAUUCAACUUGAAAUGUUCACACAACGUAAAGGACAACGGGUACUUUCAAACUAUGCCAAAAACUGAAAAACAAAAAUGGAGAUACAAGGUUUUGUUCCGACAGCAGCAAUUAUAUAAUUGAAAAAUUAUGAUGGCAGGGUUACAUUACACAUAAAAACUCACAUUUAGCUUCACUGGUUGUUUUUCGAUAGUAAAUAAAAUGGCUGUAUUUGCGUUGCAGUUGUUUCUAUCACCACCACUGUAAAGAAGUCUGUUUCACAUCAGACCACUCUGACUUAUUUCUCAUGUAGAAAUGUUGAAAAUUCUGCUUUAACCGGUUGUUUUUGACAGUAACUAACCAGGCAUGUGUGCCCCACUGGUUGCGACAGCAUUCAGUGGUGAGCUAAGGUACGUUCAGUGGUGGGUUUCUCAGUUUCCUCUGGGUGCAUGUUGGACCAGUGAGGCCAGUAUUGCAGUAGAUGUGACAGUCAGUUCAGCUUCGAUGUAGGACUAGGGAGACGAGUCUUAGGUGGCCCCUCACCAACACAAGACACAAGCUGCUGCUCUGCUGUAACACUGCCGCUCUCACAAAGGUCUCCAGCUCUCCUACGAAUCCCCUCCUCUCUUCUUUUUAAUGCUGCCCCACAUCUUUUAUGGUUCUCAUUUUGCUGUAUAGAUAACUGCCUUCUUGGGUUUCCUGCAGAUCAGUAGCUUCUACGACCUUUUAGUAGCAGUCACAUGACGCCACUCACGAUGUAAAGAAAAGAGUUGGUUAAUCUCCACAGUUCUUCUAUCGUCUGUAAAGAAACCAAACUGUUCGUGUAGGUUAGUUCCAGUCCUGGAGACCACUGUACAGACCGCAGCAGCAGACCCGCGUUAGAUCCUCCACGUCUUUGUGCUCCGCUGGAUGUGUCGCCAAGUACCAGUUGAGUUCACACAGAGCAGAAGACUUGCGAUGGAGCGGUUCGUGCCGGACACAGCUUGUUACAAACCAUAGAGCAGUGAAACUAGUGGAGUCCCACCCGUCAUCUUAACUACUACUGAUCGCUGAUAAGGACUGCUAGAUUACAAGCCUUCUACUUAGAGCUUAGCUGUUUAAGUGAAACGUCUGGUACAAGAAGAGUUCACGUUAAGCCAGAUAUACAGAAUAGAUUAUCAACUGUUUACUGUCUGUGAGUGGCUAUAUUGUACUUUCGAUAUUUAAUAACGAACCGUUGUUUUAGAGACUUUCAUUUUGUGCUCAGUGCUUUACCUGUAAGUCUAGAAAACAGAAGUCAGUUCAGAGUUGCGUAGUUUGGUUGGCUCAAGCUGUGAACAAAUCAGUUUUUCAAAUCAAAGUUCUCAGUCCCCAUUCAUGAAAUAAUAUAUAUAAAGCUUACCAAAUGAGUGCCAUUCCCCAGUUGUAAUUUGUCCGUUUGCUCUCAUUCCAUAAACUGAGCAUUGUUUACCAUAGAGUGGUGUAGUAGCUGCAGUGCAG